AUGUUUAUGGCACAUCUGAAAAAGUACACGCUAAUAUUGAUUCACGAAAGGAUUUUCAUAAUCGAAGUUUCUAAAGCUCCUUAUCGUGGUUCCGUUAAGUCAAGUUUACCGACUCAGGGAUCGCCCGGUGUAUACAGACGUAUCAGCGCGACGGCACAUGUUUUACAGGAGAGCACCGCUGCCGUUCGGGAGAAAAUGACCGCUAGGAGGAGUAUGAGCGACAGCAUAGCAACCAAGAUGGCCGAAAUUGUUGGUACCUUAGCAACGACGGGAGGAUGGCCUAAUGAUAAAGAUGAUUACGAAUUAGGAGAAGUUAUCGGUGUUGGUGCAACAGCUAUUGUUCAUACUGCUUAUUGUAAACCUCGGAGAGAGAAAUGUGCUAUAAAAAGAAUCAAUCUGGAAAAAUGGAAUACAAGUAUGGAUGAACUACUGAAAGAAAUUCAAGCAAUGAGUGCAUGUAGUCAUGAAAAUGUAGUCAGCUAUUUUACUUCUUUCGUGGUAAAGGAGGAAUUGUGGUUAGUAAUAAGACUUUUAGCUGGUGGUUCAUUAUUAGAUAUUAUAAAACAUAAAAUAAAAACAGAAGAUUGUAGGCAUGGUGUUUUUGAUGAAGCUACUAUUGCCACUGUUUUGAAAGAAGUCUUAAAAGGCUUAGAAUAUUUUCAUAACAAUGGUCAAAUACAUAGAGAUAUUAAAGCAGGCAACAUCUUAUUAGGAGAAGAUGGAACUGUCCAAAUAGCAGAUUUUGGUGUUAGCUCAUGGUUGGCAACAGGAGGUGAUCUUUCUCGUCAAAAAUCGAGGCAUACCUUUGUUGGUACACCUUGCUGGAUGGCUCCAGAAGUUAUGGAACAGGUUACUGGAUAUGAUUUUAAAGCUGAUAUUUGGAGUUUUGGAAUCACUGCCAUUGAAUUAGUUACUGGAACUGCACCUUAUCAUAAGUAUCCACCAAUGAAGGUACUUAUGCUAACACUACAAAAUGACCCACCAACUAUAGAUUCUGUUGCAGAUGAAAAGGAUCAAUAUAAAAAUUAUGGAAAAUCCAUAAGAAAAAUGAUAACUGAUUGUUUACAAAAAGAUCCUACAAAAAGGCCUACAGCAGUAGAAUUAUUGAAACAUCCAUUUUUUAAAAAAUCUAAGGAUAAAAAGUUUUUGGUGCAGACUUUAUUGACAUGUGCACCAUCUAUGGAAGUCAGAGCACAGAAGCUCAAAAAUGCUAAAAGGCCACCCGGAACCAGUGGCCGUCUACAUAGGACAGAAACUGGAGAUUGGGUAUGGUCUUCUGAUGAAGAAGAUGAACCAUUUGACUUAAAGGAUGUUUCAAAUAAAGAUCAUUCGAGUAUUGGAUCUUCUGAUACUUACUCGUCACUGGAUAACAAUCCAACUACACCAGCUGUUCAAGAAAAUCAUACAUCUCAGCAUACAAAUGCUGUUCCAUCAGGUGAUUCGUUUUCUGCAGUUCUUCCCACUCAAGAUCACGUACCACAAGUUCCACCACUUCAACCUAUGCAACCACCACCUCAGCAGGUACCUGUAGAUAAUUUACAAUCAAAUCUAGCUAAUCAAGCUCUUAAUCUAGUCUUAAGGAUAAGAAAUCAGAGAAGAGAAUUAAAUGAUAUAAGAUUUGAAUUUACACCAAACAGAGAUACAUCAGAUGGUAUAGCUGCCGAAUUAGUAGGAGCAGGAUUAGUCGACGGGAAAGAUAUUAUUGUAGUUGCAGCUAAUCUUCAAAAAUUGAUUGAUAACACCGCUUUGAAAGCAAUUACUUUUGCAUUGAAUCCCGGAUCGAAUCCCAGCGAAGUGCCAGACGACAAAGCGCUGAUAGGAUUCGCUCAACUGUCACUAACAGAUUAGAAGUGCCAUGUCGUUCACGUGUGAUAACAUUCGUACGAUUCCCCAUCGGGAAAUUUCGUUCGGUGCCUCUAGAUCAAAAACAAAAAGGAAAACAAACAAAAAAGAAAAAAAAAAAGAUCGGAGGAGGCGACCGAACCGGAGAAUUUGUCACUAUGGCCGCUUUCGCUUUCUCCAAAUGGUUUUUCUAAACGUCGUGGUUACUUUCCCGGACGAUCGGGAUCCUUUUCUUUCGUUCUAAAAGAUAUUCCAAGCCGUAGAGACGUUCGUUUCGUUAGAUAUUUAAACACCCGAUCGUUCCGUGCCUUCAAAAUAUUACAAAAAAAAAGAAAAAAAACGAGUUUCCCGAGGGAUAGACGUCGUAUUACGUAGAUAAUAGGCAACGGUUUCUGCAAAGUUUUGUAAAUAUAUUCCGUUCACGUUAGAGAAGUGUCUUAGAAGUUUUUUCCGAAACGAUUCCGUUAGUAGUUAUUUUUUUAAAAAUGGUACGUAACGGAAAAUAUCCGGACCAAACCAGACACGCAUCGCUUCCUCUUUCUGAUUGACGUCGGUUACCGUGGUCCAACGUGGUUAAAUGCAAAAAAAAAAAUACAAAAAAAAACAAAAAAAAAAUAUGCUCGAAAGUAGCGACG